AUGACUGACGAAAAUGAAAUUGAUAACGAAGCAAAGACGAUCGAUUUAAAUGGCAAACUCGAGAAUUAUCCCAGUCCACCAUUAAAAAUGGUUUUAGAAGUCAGUAAUAAUUUGCUGAUCGAACAACAAAUUUGCAAUGUUUUACGGAAAAACUUCCUCGAACAACGUUCCAUCCCGUGGAAACCAAUCAAAGUCGAAUUGAUUGUUAACACUCAAUUGACAGAUGAUUUCUUCGCAAUACGAAAGAAGUUUGAACGAGCAUCUGAACGAAAUCGAUCUGAGUUCGAGGAACAUUACGGAUUUCUCAUUGACAACGAUGUUCAAAUCCAUGAUAUUUGUACAAAUGGUUAUCAAUGCACCGAAACGUCAUACAACGUCCUAGAUACACUCUAUGUAUGUGUGUCAUAA